AUGUCCUUGCAGAAAUCGAGGCCGCCUGCACCCCAGAGUUCGCUGGAAUGUGCUGGUGCAACAGCAGCGGGAGCAGCAGCAGCAGCAGCAGCAGCUCCUGCUGCUGCUCCCAAUUCCUCACCAACAGACACAGCAGCGGCAGCAGCGGACACCGUUAUUUGCCCUGAAGGGUCUUUUGCUGCAGCAGUGUCUCCCACAGAAGCUUCUGCUGCUGCUGCAGCUGCUGCAGCAGCACCUGUACACGAAGCCGCUGCAGCACGUUCUGUGGCAGCAGCACAAUAUUCUGAAAUAGCUGCUGGUCUCUCUCCAGCAGCAGCAGCAGCAGCAGCAGAUCGCCGCAACAGUUUGGGUGCGCUCAGCAGCAAAUGCUGCAGUGCAGCAGCAAAUGGCUGUGCUUUCUCCUGCCCUUGUCAUUAUCUGCCUUCUUGCGGAUGCAUGCGGCGGUUGGGCCACUCACCGCAGCAGCAGCAGCAGCAGAAAUUCAGUGAUGCUGCUGCUGCAUUGAGCGAGUGGCAUAGCAGCAGCGGCAGCAGCAGCAGCAACAGCCCAUGCGAGGGCAACUCCCCUGGUUGGCGAGCUGCAUUAGCAGCAGCAGAGAGGGAAGAGUCCGUAGUAGCAUUGACACCAGCGGAUUCAGCAGAGGCCGCAGCAGCUGCUGCAGCAAAGGAUACAGCAGCAGCAGCAGCUGCUGCUGCUGCGCUGCAGCUGCGGUGGUCGCUACCGCCUUUGGGGCUGCAUGUAAUUUCUGCUGUUUGUUUUUGCGGAUUUAUCUCGCGUUCUUCUGAUUUGUUUGUUAUAGACAUUGCGCAUGCAGCAGCUGCUCCUGACGGAGACAAUGAUACGAAUAGUAGUACAGAACAGCAGCAGCAGCAGCAGCAGCAGCAGUCACAACAGCAGCAGCAGCAGCGGAGAGCAGCGCAUUCUCAACAACAAACACAUAGCCGCAGCCCUGUGCACCACCAGCACCACCAUCAGCAGCACCACCACCACCACCAUUACCACCACCACCACCAGCAGCAGAAGCAGCAGCAGCAGCAGCAACAACAACAACAACGUGAGGAUGGUUGGUAUUGUCAGUGCAGUUUCCGAGUGUACCUGCAACGGCAACAGUACACGGAGCUGCAGCAGCAAGUGCAGCAGCUGUAUCCAAAGAGCCCGCUGCUGCAGCAGCGGAAGGACAGCAGCAGCAGCAGCAGAUUGUUAGGAGGCCAAUGGAGCGGUAUUGAUACAGAGUUGAGCAGAAGCACAACAGCACGUUUGUCUGCUGCUGCUUCUGCCUUAUUUGCUGCAGUACGUCUCGGCAGCAGCAAAACCAACAGCAGCAGCAGCAGUAGCUGUUGCUGCAGCAGCAGCAGCAGUAGCAGUAGCAGCAGCAACAGCAGCAACCUGGCGCCCGAGGGAGGCGGAACAGAGAGCGGGGGCCCUGCAACAGCGGGAAAGGAGGCAGCCGUCAUAAGCCCCAAGGGAGCAGCAGCAGCAGCAGCAGCAACAGCAGCAAAGGAAGCCCCGGAAGUUGCUGCCUUUAUUGGGGAGCUGCUGCAGCGUCUGGAUAUUAUGUGCGACGUAUCUAUACAAAUAUUAUUAGGUAUAAGACAGCAGCACAUGCGCUGCUGCAGCAGCUGCAGCAGCAGACUCCGGCAGCCGCACCCCCUUUCCCCGCUGCUGCUGCAGCAGCAAGCUAUGCUCCUGCCGCUGCACCGCCGGCUACGUUGGCCUAUUACAUAUUUGGAGCUUACAGAUGCUGCUCUUGCUCUGCUGCAGCCUCCUGCUGUUGCUCCCGCUGCUGCUGCUGCUGCUUCUCCUCCUACUGUAGCCGGUGCUCGCCCUGCUGGUUGCAGGGGAGAAAGGAGGAAAAAACAACAGCAAAAGCAACAGAAGCAACAGGGGCAGGAGCAGCAGGAGGAGGAGAAAGAGGAGGGAGCAACUCAGUUGCAGCUGCAGCAGCAGCAAAGGCCUGCAGCGUGGCUACAAGGGAGAGCUCCUGCCCCUUUCGUGCUGCUGUCAAUAUAUCAUAUAUGGAGCAACCGGGUGUCUCUGCUGCACUUCUCUGCUGAUAGGCAGCAGCAGCGGCGAACAGCUGCUGCUGCUGCUGCUGCAACUGGAAUGAGGGGGGCAGCAACACCCAGAAACAAACGCAGCGUUUUGCUGCUGCAGCCACGGCGAGGUGCUGCUUCGCUGCUGCUGCUGCUGUCAAAGCCAUUGCCUUCCUCUGUGUGUGAGCGGCUGGAGUCAGCACUUACGCGGCAACAUGCAGCAGCAGCAGCAGCAACGGCAGCAACAAGUGGAUCGGCAGCAGACAGAAACCGAAGUGGCAGCAGCAAAAACAGCAGCAGCAGCAGCAGACGAGCGCGGUUUGCUGCUGCCUGUCAGCCGUCUAGGCGGAGGUGCUGCCUGUUGUCUCUGUCUGUCCCCUCCAUCGUGUUCCUCCCCUGGAUUCCUCCUGCUGACGAAAAAACAGCAGCAGCAGCAACUGCAGCAGCAGCAGCAGCAGCAACUGCAGCAGCAGCAGCAGCAACUGCAGCAGCAGCAGCAGCAACUGCAGCAGCAGCAGCAGCAACGGCAGCAGCAGCAACGGCAACAGCAGCGCCAGCAGCGGCAGCAACCGAAACGAGCUCUUGCCGGGAACUAACCCCACCCAAUGACACAACGCCAGCCCAAGCUGCAGGUCCUCUCGUUGCUGCUUUUGCUGCGCUGCCGACGAGGAAACAGCAGCAGCAGCAACCGCUGCAGCAGCAGCAGCAGCAGGAGCUGGAACAGCAUCAGGAGAUGCUCGUCCUUUCUGAGGCAGCAGAAGAGGCAGCAGAAGUUUCACUUACUAAGACAAUGCACCAGCAGCAGCAGAGUUACAAGAAAGGACCAUUGUACGACCAGCAGCAGCAGCAGCAGCAGAAGGAGCGCAUGCAGGGAAAUGGAGACGCAUUAGAUGUGGCUGAGAGCGAGCCUUUGUUGUCCCCGGAGACGGAGCAAGGGCAGCAGCAGCAGCCACGACGGCAGCAGAGGCGCCUGCAGCAGGAACAAGGCGGGGGCCUGUCGCCGUACGAGAUGCAGCAGCAGCUGCUGCAUGAAUUGCAACUGCAGCAACAGCGAGCUUCAGAUCAGCAGCAGCUGCAGCAACACCAAGACGAGGAGCACCAGCACCAGUGUUGCCGGCAGCAACCACACCAGCAGCCACAUCAGCAGGAAGAACUGCAGCCUCGACAACAGGUGCAGCAACAACAGGAGCAGGAGCAGCAGCAGCAGCAGCAGCAGGAGGUCAACAGCACGAGUACGAUGAACAGCAGCAUCUUCCAGCUAGCAUUCAGCUGUCUGCAGCACGAAGUUAUGAGGACGCCGCGCAUGCGUUUUCUUUGCUGCAGUUAUUCUUCUCUGCUGUCUGCCUUCUUCUUAGGGGCUGAGGAUGGGACAAUUACUGUGCUGCAGCUGGCAGCAGCAGAUACAACACUGCUGCUUGGCCCUGCAGCUGCUGCUGCUUCUGUAACCAGCUGCAGCACCACCACGCAUCACGGACGAAGCAGCAGCAGCAGCAGACUCAAACGCGCGCUACCCAGAGUCGCGUUCGCCUUGAUGGGUGGCCAGGGGUACCAAGAAGGCAGCGGGAGCAUCAGCAGCAGCAGCAGAGCAGCAGCAGCAACACCAGAGCAGCAGCAGCAGCGGCAGCUGCUGACUGGCUCCUCCCUUCCUCGUACAAUCAAAUUCAUCCGGGAAGAGCCUGUAGACGUCUUGUCCGUGCUGUCGCUCUUGCUGCCUCAUGCCAGGCAGCAAGACCCCAGCAGCAGCAGCAGCAGCAGCAGCAGUGGGGGGCAACAGCCCGUUCUUCUGGCAGCAGGAAGAAGCGGCAGCUUGCUGCUGCUGCAUGCAGCUACAGCUCAAGUUCUGGCAGCAUUUAUAGUGCAGAAGGGAGCACUUCUAUCUCCUGCAGAUCCAGUUGCUGCUGUUGCUGCAGAUGAGGGUCGUCUGCUGCUCUUCUGCUGUCACCGCAGUGGCAGCAUACGAAUUCUGCAGCUGCAACCAGUAACCAAACGCAGCAGCAGCAGCAACAGCAACAGCAACAGCAGCAGCCCUUAUGGAUACCAGCUCAUACUGCUGCUUUGCGUAUUUCCAGGCGUGCCACCUUCGCAUGCAGCUCCGUCCUACCCCCCUAUAAUUGCUCUUAGAGGCAAGCAGCAGCAGCAGCAGCAGCAGCAGCAGCAGCAGCAGCAUCAAGGGUGGAGUGUCGGUAGCAGCACUUUAUACUCCGGAGUCUCUUCGAUCCGCAGCGCAUGUGUUGAGCCGGACAGGCGGUUGUUGCUGUUGGGCAGCUGCGGGAAGCAAGGGGUUGUCUCUAUCUUGCGAUACAGCAUCAGUAGUAGUAGUAGUAGUAGUAGUAGUAGUAGCAGCAGCAGCAGCAGCAAUGUAGGAAAGGGGGAUGCAGAUGUACAUGAAGAUGCUGUUGCUGCCAAUAUUUUAAUUGUAGCAAGGAUCGCUUGCCUCGCAGAGACUAUCUCCUGUCUUGUUGUAUGGAGGGAGAGAGGCAUUUUGAUUGUAGGGGGAGGAGAGGGGGCGCUGCUGUUGCUUCUGCUUGAUGCCCUGCUGCCAGCUCCUCAGGGAGGAGCAGUAGUACCUGCAGCGAGAAUUGCAGCAGCAACAACAGCAACAACUGCUAAAGUAACAACUGCAGCAGCAGCAGCCCCAACACAGCUGUCGGAGGGGCAGCCCGUUGCCGCACACCCGGGCGUUACAUCUAGACAGCAGGAGCAGUUUGAGAAGCAACACCAGCAGCAGCAACCGGAGCAGCAACAGCAACAGCAGCAGCAACAGCAGCAGCAGCAAGAGCAGCAGCAUCAACGACAGCAGGAUAGGCUGAAGAGUGGAUCCAUUAUCCAAAGCCACAGCCGCGUAUCAGCAGCCCGAACUGGUCGCCUAUCUUCCCUGUUAAGUCAUCGGCAGCAUCACGACGAUCACCAGUUGCUGCUGCAACAACUGCAGCAGGAGCUGCUGCAGCAGCAGCCUGGCUGCAGGGGUGACAUCGAACACCUCCUGCAGCAACGAAUAGCAGCAAAUGCGGAGUGUCUGCUGCUGCUGCGAGCACACAAGAAAGCUGUACAGCGCAUCUUCUUAUUCCCUAGUGAAGGGGUCUUCAUAUCUUGUGGGGUUGAGGGCACUUUCAAAAUGUGGCGAGUGCCGCCUCCACGUAACUUCACAGCUAGCUGUACAGCUAGCUGUACAGCUAGUCAGUCAUAUGGCUAG